AUGGAGGAUAAUUCGAAAGCUCCGCGGCUGGUAGCAUCCACAGGGAAUACAUACAGCUGCUCCAUCGUUGACUCCCGGAUCCGCGAAAGCGAACGGCGGGAAUAUAAUGGCGUAACCACUGGCGAGGGAUUGGACCCGGGGCUAAAUUCGAAAGAAGAAACUCUGGCAAAAAGGGGGCGGGGAAUCAGGACCGAAGACGAUGUGGAAGUCAACUACUUCAAGAGCGCCCAAUGGACUCCAGACGGUACCACCCUCCUGACUUCCUCCGCCGACAACGCAAUCCGGACUUUCAUCCUUCCGCCAGAUCUCCUCACGGAUACCUCCCCACCACCCCUCACGUCCUACACAACCCACCCUUUCCCAACCCCCAUCAACCGUCUAACACCCUACCCGUACUUCGCCCUCUCCGACCCCUCUACAACCCUCUACCUCAGCACGCCCUCCUCUCUCCCCAUCCGCCUCCUCAACGCCCUCUCCCCGCUCACCACCCCCGUCGCAACCUACAACCUCAUAUCCCCCACAACGGAAGCCUACUACACGCCCUCCUCCCUGCUCUGGAGCACGCAAAACUCCUUCCUGGCCGGCACCGACUGCCUGAUCGCGUGCUUCGACGUCUCGCGCUCCGGCGAAGGCCCCGCCACGCGCAUGCCGACCAUCCCGAGCAAACGGCACAAAAUGAAAGGCGGCGGCGUCGGCAUGCGCGGCAUCGUGUCCGCGCUCUCGCAGCAGCCGUCGCCCGAGAACGCCGAUGCGGGCAUGCUGGCUGCGGGAACCUGGACAAGGUGGGUUGGGCUGUAUGAUGUCGGUGGCAUGGGGGGUACGGUUGCCACGUGGGGUAUCCAGGAGGCUGCUGAUGGCGAGGCGGGCAUUGGAGGGACGGGGGUGAGCGAGACGGGGUGGAGUGCUUGCGGCCGUUACUUGUUUGUGGUGGAGAGGAAGAGUAGGGGGCUUCUGGUUUACGAUGUUAGGGUUACGGGCAGACUGGUUUCUUGGUUGGUGGGCAGAGAGGCGGAAACCAAUCAGAGGUUGGGGGUGGGCUUGUUCGAAGGGGAGAAGGGAACCGAGGUUUGGGCUGGGGGCACUGAUGGCGUUGUUAGGGUUUGGGAGGGCGUGGGGAUGACUGAGGGUGCUAUGGAGAGGAGCUGGGAGUGGAAGGCUCAUGAUGGCAUGUCUGAGAUGAACUAUGAAUGGGCUUCGGCUAACGUGGCGGCAGAUCCUGUAUCGUCAACGGCGGUACACUCUUCCGGAACGGUGGUAGCAACUUGUUCCGGGCAGAGAUCUUCUCCAGAGCUUUGGUCCAGUAAUGGAUCCGAGAGCGAGGAGAGCGACAGCUCUGACGGUGAAAGACCCGAGGACGAUUCGGAACGAGAUUCUGAUUCAGAACAAGAGACGGAUUCAGAAGGAAGCUCUGGCUCCGGCUCUAGCUCUCGGCUAUCGUCAACUUCAAGUCUAUCGCCAGAGCCAGUCUCUAGGUCUCCCGAUAACAGCAUUAAAGUAUGGAGUUUAUGA